GCAUGGCUUGCUAAACUUUUAUUGGCAAGAAAAAUACGAAACUUACAACGGCGCAAAAUAUGGAAGUAGAAAAUGAUGCUGCUAUUGCUGAGGAAUCUCCUAAAGAAGAGGUGCCUAAUAAGCAUGAUGAUAAAAGUGAAAUGAAAGGUGAAGAGUACGCGUAUCUGGAUGCCACCGGCUUCACCUCCGAGUUGUUCAAAAUCGAACUUCGAGGCCUUCCCAAGUAUUACGGAAUUGGUGAGCUCAAGAAGCUGUUAAACGUGAAGAUGAAGCUUUCUACGAAUAAGAUAAAAAUUAUGAAGCCUGGAAGCCCUUUCAUAUUCAUUUGCUUUCGCAAUCAGGAAGAUCGUGAAGCAGCCAUCAAAGCGCUUGAUGGGUACAAAUGGAAAGGCAAAUCGCUGUCUGCCUUUGAAGCUAAGCCUGCUCCCGAUCCACUGAUCCGUAGGCGCAAGGAAGCAUCGACCGCGGAAGGAGAACCAUUAAAUAUAAAGCGACGCACGGUGGAAGCAUCAGCAACGUCGCUCGCAUACCUCACGUAUGAUGAACAAUUGAAGCAGAAACAAUCGGAGAUGGAAAAUGUGUUGCAAAAGUUUGGCAAAGAGCUCUGGUCCUCCAUUCCAACGCUACGAACUUUUGUGGAAAAACAGCGUCUUUUACACGGCGGCCUUCCUUGCGCGUUUGAACCGAUUCGCCCGUCCCCAAUGCAAGACGGUUAUCGCAAUAAGUGUGAGUUUUCUAUCGGAAAGGAUGCUUUAGGUGUGAAACGUGUGGGCUUUCGAGUAGGCAGCUACUCGAAUGGAUUUCUAGAAGUUGAAUCGAUAGCGCACCUUAAGCACAUACCAGAAUGCAUGAAACAAACAGUCGUACUCUUUGAACAGUUUGUACAAAGCUCCCCAUUCGAUGUGUAUAGUGCCGAGACGUAUCAGGGCCACUUUCGGCAACUGACCGUGCGUAUGUCGCACGCUACCGGCCAGGUAAUGGUAGUGGUUGGUGUGCAUCUACAGUCAUUGUCAGAGGAAGAGAAACAGACCAUGAAGUCUUCAAUUGUCGAGUGCUUAACAUCGGAACCGGGCAAACAAGCAGGCAUCAGUUCGAUCCACUUCGAAGUGAUUCAAAAACGGCAGCAAGGACAGUACACAAAUCCUAUAGAACAUUUGUAUGGGGAAACACACAUCGAGGACACAAUUUUAGGUCUCACAUUUCGUAUCAGUCCUGCGGCGUUCUUUCAAAUCAACACUCCUGCGGCCGAGGUGCUUUAUCAGUGUGCAAUCGAUGUUGCUGCUCCAAGCAAAAGUACAAGCAUUCUCGAUAUUUGCUGUGGCACUGGGACGAUUGGGCUUUGCUUUGCCCGCCAUUGCAAACAAGUUCUUGGUGUCGAUAUCGUGGAACAAGCCAUCGAAGAUGCGAAACACAAUGCCCAAAAGAACGGUAUAGAGAAUUGUAGUUUUUUUGCUGGAAACUCGGAUGAUUUAAUCAUGUCGUUGAUAAGGCAUGCUAACAUUAUGCCGGAUCAGCAUGAAUCUUUGAUAGCGAUCGUCGAUCCGCCGAGAGCUGGACUUCACAUUCGCUCUAUUACACAAUUGAGAAAUGCCCGGGGACUCGAUAAGCUGGUGUACGUGUCGUGCUCUCCCCAAAGCGCUAUUAAAAAUUGGGUUGACUUAAUGCGUCCCUGUUCGAAGCAACUUCGCGGGGAACCAUUCGUUGCGAAAAAAGCAAUGGCUGUUGAUUUAUUUCCACAUACUCCACACACGGAAUUGGUCAUACUGUUCGAACGUGAGAAGGAAAGCAAACAGGAACUCGUGGUGGAUUCAGAAAAUAUUUGCACCGAUAAACCUGUUGAUCCACAGCCGGAGACAUAAAACAAAAAGAUUAAUAUAACCAUGGGGAAACCAAGUGGUUUAAUGGUAUACGUGCCGAUCCUUGCAAAGGUUUGGCACGAAUCAAUCCCCAUCUGGUCAAUUCCCUCUCUAUCAAGGUCUUAGGUGUCAUCUGGUUAUGUAAUAUAAUCAAGUCGAUGUAGUAAACCUUCUGUAACGUCCUAACACCAAGCUAAUGAAGACGAAUAAUUCUAUUGUUUAUUCUAUUGAAGAGGAAACCAUGUUUAUUACAGACUAAAAUACAAUUAUGCUAUACUACAUCAGA